AUGCUUGCAGGACCCUUAAUUCGUCGUCAAUCGCCUCAGGCGGCAGCAUUGGCUCUUUCGAAAAAACGUUUAGGCAUCAGCAGCAGACAGUCAUGUAUGCCUUUGCCCAGCUCGAGCAUGAGGCGCAACUCCAAUCACUAUCCCCGGCACUAUACUCAGCAAUCAUAUCCAUGCAACCGAGCCGCGCGCCUCCGUUGCCAUAACCCUUCCUUAGCAACAUGCUAUAGGAGAUCAUACUAUCAUUCCGCCUCCGACCUCUCCUCCUCAAAUAGCCACUUCUCCCCGGAACAAACCUCAAUACUUUCGCUUGCACUCUCAAAUCACGUCCCCACACUUGGGUUUACAACCGAGGCGGUUGUUCUUGCAGCUCAGGAUGCAGGAUACCCAGAAGUAUCUUUACAACUAUUUCCUCGUGGAGGGGAAAUCGAACUGAUUAUUUAUUGGCUAGCCACGAGACGAGCCUUAUUGAAGGAGAAAGUUGAAAAUGGAGAGAUAUUUGGUGGUGAUGGAGAGAAGCUAAGCGUUGAACAGAAGAUGAAGAAGUUGGUAAUGGAAAGAUUGAAGAUGAAUAGUGAUAUAAUUCAGCAUUGGCAAGAUGCUCUCGCGAUUAUGUCGUUACCCACGAAUAUUUCCGCAUCUUUGCAUGAAUUAUACGAGCUUUCAUCUGAUAUUCUCUACCUCGCAGGCGAUCGCUCUGUAGAUGCGUCAUGGUACUCGAAAAGACUUUCUGUGUCAACUGUAUAUGCCACUGCCGAAAUUACGAUGACUGAAGACAAAUCUGAUGGGUUUAUCUCUACUGAACAGUUUGUUGAAAGGCGCUUUGGCGACACAGAUGCUAUUGUGGGAACUCUAGGUGACGUGAAGACAUAUCUGGGCUUCCUUGGUGGCAGUUUGGUUGCAGCUGGACGAAGUCUGGGGAUGAAAAUAUAA